AUGUCCGACAUCUUCCGCAAAAGCCUCCUCAGCCGCCUCCCCGACCUGCCCCCAACCCGCGCACCAUGGGCAGACGAGCCCCUCGCAGAAGGGGACGAAGAAGUCGAAGAGCUCGCUGAGGAAAGCGAGGGGAUCGGGGAACUGCCUGCUGGUCAGAUGAAACCUCCCAAGACAAGAGGACCCAACAAAGCCGACAUGCAGGAUUACUCGCCGCUCUCUGCGAGCGGAUACUUUGAUCAGGCUAUCGAAGUACAGCCUACAGGCUCGCCUUGUACUUUCCGCGUCUACCUCACCCCGCCUUCCACCACCACCUCUUCAAAUACACCUUCAGGCCCAAACCUCGGUCCAGGCCCAGCGGGCCCAGCGCCCAAAAUCCAAACGCAGCAGCAAACCAACCCCCACGGCACCUACUUGAUCUGCCACCACGGCGGAGGUUCCGGCGGUCUUUCGUUUGCUGCUCUGGCGAAAGAGGUGAAACGUGUAAGCGGGGGGGAGAUGGGGGUUCUGGCUUUUGAUUGUCGUGGGCAUGGUAAGACGAGGACGGAACCGGUAGAGCUGGAGAACGACCUCUCGGCAGAGACUUUGCUUUCAGAUUUCAUCUCUCUUAUCGAAACCAUCUUUCCCAACCCAAAAGAAUCGCCCUCUUUCAUCAUGAUGGGCCACUCCAUGGGCGCCUCCCCCACCAUAUCCUCCGUCCCCCUCCUCAUCCAGAAAGGCUACCUCGUCCCCGGGACGGUCGUGUUGGACGUGGUGGAGGGUACGGCGGUGGAGAGUUUACCGAUGAUGGAGUCUAUUCUGGGCAAGAGGCCGGGGGGGUUUCAGAGUGUUGUGGAUGGGAUUUGGUGGCAUGUGACGUCCAAUUCGAUCCGGAACCCCACCUCCGCCCGUCUCUCCGUCCCAUCCAUCCUCACCCCUGCCUCCCCCUCCCCCUCCCCUUCACCCAACACCUCCCAAACAUGGCGCACCCCCCUCCUCCAAACCUCCCCCUUCUGGCUCUCCUGGUACACCUCCCUCUCCUCCCGCUUCCUUGCCCUCCCCUCCGCCCGCCUCUUAGUCCUCGCCGGCCAAGAGCGCCUGGACCGGGAGUUGAUGGUGGGGCAAAUGCAGGGCAAGUUUCAGUUGGAUGUUAUGGAGGGGGUUGGACAUUAUUUGCAUGAGGAUAACCCAGCAGCACUCGCUUCCACGCUCAUCACAUUCUGGCGGCGCAACACCCGGGUGCUGGUGCUUCCUCCCAAGAUCGGGUCUGCGCCUAAGAAGUCUGGUGAAGAAGAGGUAGUGGCGGUCAGGCCGGUGGGGCAGAGUUGA